AUGGCGCGCGCGAGCGCGGCGCGACGGGGCGAUGCGUCGGCGUCGACGCGAACGUUCGCCUCGGCGUCGUCGAGCGAUCUGCGGCUGUGGCCGAGCGUUCGAAGGCUGUGCGAUGAACACGGGUUAGAUCCUCGAGCGUUAGCGCCGGGGAGCGGGCCCAGAGGGGCGCUGGUGUACGCGGACGUGUUGUUGAAGAUUGGCGCCGUGGACGCGGCGGCGCUCGAGCGCGUCGGACUGCGCGCGCCGACGCCGAUACCGGACGUCAAGCCGACGACGCUGUUGGAGGAUUACGCGCACGGGAAGGCGAAGGCGCAGACGCACGAGGACGAAGCGACGAGUAAGAUGCGACGGGUGGUCGCGAGUCGGUUGGCGGAGAGCAAGGCGCGAUCGCCGCACGCGUACGCGAGCGCGGACGUCGAUCUGAGCGCGAUUGCGGCGCUCCGGAAGCGGGUGCUGGAUGCGCACGGAGUGAAGGUGAGCGUGAACGAUUGCGUGAUGUACGCCGUCGGGCGGGCGCUCAGGGAGGUGCCGGAGAUGAACGCGGGAUGGGACGAAGCCGCGGGCGGAGCGACGGCUUCAGAGAGCGUGGACGUCUGCGUCGCCGUGGCCACGGACGACGGGUUAAUCACGCCCAUCGUGACCAGAGCGGACGAGAAGACGUUGCGGGAGAUCGGUGCGGACGUCAAGGCGUUGGCGCACAAGGCGCGCGAGGGAACGCUCAAGCCGCACGAGUUCAUGGGCGGUUCGUUCUCCGUCUCAAAUCUGGGCAUGUUCGGCGUCGACGCCUUCUCAGCCAUCUUGAACCCGCCUCAGGGAGGAAUCUUAGCCGUCGGCGCGGGUAAAGAGCGCGUCGUCCUCGUCGACGGGCAACCGUCGACGACGCAGACGAUGACGGCGACGGUGAGCGUGGACAGACGCGUCGCGGACGAAGCCGACGCCGCGCGUUGGCUCGACGCCUUCGCCGCGCAGUUCCGACGCACCGAAUCCUGGGCCGUGUGA